AAGUCUCUAAUCUCAUCUUUCCAUUAACAAAGACUUCUCAAUCCCCCUCUCUCUCUCUCUCUUUCUCUCCCUCUUAAUCUGUGUACAUAUACAUAUAUGGCGACCGAUACAUCCUCUUUGAAACUCUUCGGCAUAAACCUUCUUGAAACGACGUCGGAUCAAGACCAAUCACCCGAACCAAGAUCCGAGUCACGGAAAUACGAGUGUCAAUACUGUUGCAGGGAGUUUGCAAACUCUCAAGCUCUUGGUGGUCACCAAAACGCUCACAAGAAAGAGCGUCAGCUUCUUAAACGCGCACAGAUGCUAGCCACUCGUGGCUUGCCACGUCAUCAGAACUUUCACCCUCACACGAAUCCACUUCUCUCUGCCUUCGCGCCGCUGCCUCACCUACUCUCUCAGCCGCAUCCUCCGCCGCAUAUGAUGAUCUCUCCUUCUUCCUCGACUUCUAAGUGGCUUUAUGGUGAGCACGCGUCGUCACAAAACGUCGUUGGUCCCAUGUAUUUUCACGGUGGAUCUGGAAGAAGGGGAUUAUACGGCGGCGGUAUGGAGUCUAUGGCCGGAGAAGUUAGGGCACAUGGUGGAUCGUUGACGGAGAUGAGGAGGUUCGUCGGAGAGAGUGAUCGUAGUAGCGGAGUCAAGUUAGAGAAUGGUAUUGGGCUGGACCUCCAUUUAAGUCUUGGGCCAUGUUAAUUUUUAUUUUGGUCCAGUUGAAAUUUGUAAAAUACUACUCGGAUUUCAUUUUUAGAGAGUAAUUAAUUUCCUGGGUUUUUUUUGUUAAUUUCAGUUUAAAAGUGAUAAAAAAAAAAUGU